AUGCCAGAUUCAGAUUGUCUGGAGAAAUACUUUACACCUAGCAGUAUUAACACGUUCGCUACUGAUCACCACAUAUUUGCAACGCUGCGGUCAUUGCCAUUGCCCGAGCAUGUAUCUAGCGGCGAGGCAGCCGCGGCCGGGACUGCAGUGACGUCACCGCGCGCAGUCCGCUCUGUCUGGCCCACCUCUUUUACUCCAUACAUCUUGGCCUCAGUGGUGGGUGUGCCGGGGGAUCUGUCUCUCAGCUCCUACAUCAGGGACCAUGCUGGUCUGAAGGGCACAAAGGUCAUGUGUCGUGAGGGCAACUGUGGAGCUUGUGUAGUCUCUCUGGAGCUGGUCAAUUCUGCCACUGACAAACGGAAAACUGUCGCUGUCAACUCGUGUAUAUAUCCGGUGUACGCAUGUCACGGUCUCAAAGUGACCACAGUAGAAGGUAUCGGCAGCAAGGAGACAGGAUAUAACGAGGUGCAGAUCAGGUUGGCUAACUUCUACGGCAGCCAAUGUGGCUACUGCAGCCCUGGAUGGGUAAUGAGCAUGUACAGUUUGCUACAGUCCAAACCAGGUGCAACCAUGAAAGAAAUAGAAGAAUCAUUUUCUGGAAAUCUGUGCCGAUGUACAGGUUACCGGCCGAUCCUAGAUGCAUUUAAGAGUUUCGCAUCUGAUAGAAACAAAGAAUUGACACAGAAAGUGAUAGAUAUUGAAGAUUUGAUUGUAACUUGUCAAAAAGGUAAAACCUGCAAAAAGAAGUGUGAUCCAGAAGAUUGUGAGUGGGAGGAGAGUGAUGCAGAGUUCGUAGAGAUGGCGUUGGCUGCCCCGUCCUUGAGACUAACUUGUGGCGGACAUGUGCAGUGGUACAAGGUGGACAGUGUUAAUGAGAUAUUUGAGAUCUUCACCAUGAUAAGUGGCACUUACAUGCUGGUAGCUGGCUUUACCAGUCGAGGUAUUUUUAAGUAUGAAAAAACUCCUGAUGCCUACAUAGACAUAAAUGGUGUAUCUUUCCUCAAAGAGCACUGGUACCAAUCAGACGGGCUGUAUUUGGGUGCCAAUGUAACGCUGUCUGACACUGUAGACAUUCUCAGACGAGCUGCACAGGACCGGCCGGGUCAGUUCUCAUACUUGCUGGAGCUAGCGAAACACGUCUGGAAAGUUGGAAAUGUUGCUGUAAGAAAUAUUUCACCAAGAGCUCAGAAUGCAUUAGCAUACCUAAAUGCUGGGUUCAGAUUCAAAGUUAACAAAAGUAAUGGAUAUCAAGUUUUGGAACGACCUAGCCUGGUGUAUGGAAACAUCAACUCAUCCUUUGUUCAUGCUCGAGCAACCGAAGAUUAUUUAAACGGAAAACAUUUACUUGACGUAGUAGUGCUGCAGAAAGCCUUGACAAUUCUUGGUACAGAACUGAAACCUGACCGUGACCAGAGAAACUGCAGCCCCCUCUACAGACGAGGUCUUGCCCAGGCUCUACUGUACAAGGCGGUGUUGAGCCUAAGUCCAGAUAACAUUGCUCCCAAAAUUCGCAGUGGUGGGGAUGAUCUAGUACGACCACUGUCCUCAGGCAAGCAAGAGUACUCUUGUGAUACGAGUCAACCACCUCUCUAUCAACCACUCCCUAAACUGGAAUCACUUAUCCAGUGCUCAGGAGAAGCAGAAUACAUACCUGACAUCCGUUCAUCAGUGAAAGAUCUUUACGCUGCAUUAGUCUUAGCCAAGCAAGGGCCUGCUAAACUUGCAAGCAUAGAUUCAUCGAAAGCCUUAUUGUUUGCAGAGAAAGUGGUGCAGUUUGCGGGACAGCCUGUAGGUCUGGUAGUGGCUUGUAGUCAACAACUGGCGGACAAGGCUGCACAGCUGAUCAGUAUCAACUACACAGACCAGACGACACCUGUACUGGACGUAGAGGAGGCAGUCAAGAAACAUGACACUUCCAGAGUCGUGUUCAGACAAGGGAAAACUGCCGUUCCAAAAACUGGAGUUACAAAAGUAGUGAAAGGAGAUUACAGACUGCCAGGACAGUACCACUUCACACUGGAGACGUUGACUUGCUUGACAGUCCCGGUUGAUGAUGACAGUUUGGACGUCUUCUGCUCCUCUCAGUGGCCUCAAGCUGUGCAGGAGAGCGUGUCUCUGCUGCUCAACAUACCAGACAACAAUAUCAAUGUGGCAGUGAGCAGACUAGGAGGCUCGUAUGGACUGAAGGUCUCCCGUGGUAGUCUGGCAGCUUGUGCUUGCAGUCUAGCGGCCUGGCUGCUGCAACGUCCUGUACACAUGCUACUCUCUGUGGAAACUCAAAUGGAAGCUGUCGGGAAAAGAUACCCUUGUUAUUUCACUUAUGAGGCUGGUGUCGAUGGUGAGGGAGAAAUUAAGUAUCUCCAUUCUCAGUUUUAUGAAGAUGCAGGAAUCACUUUCAACGACAAUGUUGUGCCACAAGCAUUCAAAGCUUUUUCAAAUGUUUACAACACCAGUACCUGGGGCACUAAGAUGUAUGAUGUAAAAACUGAUAAACCAAGUAACAUAUGGAGUCGUGCUGGAGGUUCCCUGGAGGCCAUCACGAUGGCUGAGCAUGUGAUGGAGCACAUUGCCCAUGAGCUGGGCAGAGAUCCGCUGUCUGUGAGAAUGUCCAACUUGAACUUGAGCUAUCCCAUACCUGAUCUUAUAGCUCAACUCAUCAAGAAGUCUAAUUUUGAUGCCCGGAAAUCAGCCAUAGACGAUUAUAACAAGAAAAAUCUGUGGAAGAAAAAGGGAAUAUCCUUAGUUCCAAUGAGAUUUCCAGUAGAGCUAGUAGGAAACUAUCAUGCAACAUUAUCAGUCUAUCAAAAAGAUGCAACUGUCCGAAUAAGCCAUGGUGGAACUGAGACUGGACAAGGAAUCAAUACAAAGGUUGCACAGAUUUGCGCCGCAUUAUUUAAAAUUCCCAUUGAAUAUGUGUUUGUAACAAAAACAAACAACUUAGUCUCUGCAAACGAUGCUCCUGCUCAAAACGGAUUCUCAGAUGAAAGUGUAUUCUAUGCAGUAGAACAGUGUUGUCUGGAACUGCUGAGACGCCUGGAGCCAGUCCGACAACCUCUAGGCGACCCAGACUGGCUGACUCUCAUCAGAGCUGCAUUCAACCAGUACGUCAACCUCAACGUCUCAUACAUGUAUUCAGCUGAAAGUGAUCUUAAAUGUUAUAAUGUUUUUGGAGCUACAGCUCUUGAGGUUGAAGUGGAUAUUCUCACAGGAGAAUACAGGGUGAUCCGAGCAGACAUUCUAGAGGAUGUUGGCAAAAGUCUUAACCAGUUCAUUGACAUCGGUGCAGUAGAAGGAGCAUUUGUAAUGGGUUUGGGAUAUUUCACUUCGGAAGAGCUCAAGUAUGAUGCCAAGACAGGGAGUCUACUCACAAAUAGACCUUUGUUCUACCAUAUUCCUGGAGCCAAAGACAUACCUACAGAUUUGAGGGUUUAUUUAUUAAAAAAUGGAGAUAAUCCUGAUGGCGUUCUAAGAUCCAAAGCUGUUUUCCAACCCCCACUUUGCCUGGCAUCUGCAGUGAUGUUUGCAAUCAGGCAGGCACUUACCUCCGCACGCUCGGACCUAGGCUUGCCUUAUAAGUACCUCAAAAUCGAUCCACCAUUUACUGCAGAAAGAUUGGUUACACACUUGAACAUCGAUGUUAAGCAAUAUUUGCUAUGAAGCCUCAUAUCCACAAUGAAAAGAUUCUAAAAAGUAAAAAUCAUUCACUAUUCUUUAUAUAAAAACGUGGUUUUUCAAAACUUGAAUAAAGUGCAAAUGGAAUAA